CCAGCGUUGCUUCAUCUGGAGGUUCCACGCACGGAAGUACUCUAGUUUCAAUAUUUAGUUAUUUAUUACUCAUGGGCAAAUUCGUCGUCUCUUCCUCCAGGACAAUUCACGAGAGUUUCACAUUUCUACGAUUUGAGGCCAGAUUAAAUGAUUGGGAACGCAACAAGGUGCAGGACAACAUGUUGCAGUACUCGUCUUGAAUGGAAUGGAACUCUAUUGAAAGAGGGAGUCUGGGCCAACCCUAUGGAUUACAUAUUGGAGGAAUUCCACGACAUCACCUUCCAAAAGGUGGUGUCAUGGAUAUCGUCGACGGUUAUGAUAUUCGGUGGUGUGGCCCCAUUCAUUCCUCAAUACCGGGAAAUCAAGAGGAAAAAUGACGCCGAAGGCUUUUCGCUAUACGUCUGCCUCGUUCUACUCAUAGCGAACACUCUGAGGAUUCUUUUCUGGUUUGGGAAAAGAUACGAAUUACCUCUUCUUGCACAAAGCAUGAUCAUGAAUGUCAUGAUGUUGUUUAUGAUUCAUCUUUGUGUUAGAGUGAAGAACAGGAGCCAGAUUAUUAGAGGACCCGAUCGUGUCUUUACAGAUUUUGACUGGAAAUACUUCUGGGCGUGGACAGACUUCCAGUCAUAUGUAGAUUUUGUGCUAAUAGUUAGCCUAGUUAUGUCUCUCUUAACCUUUCUUCUUCUUGACUCUGUGAUAUACGUAGAGAUCCUUGGAUUCAUGGCCCUUUUCCUCGAGGCCAUGCUUGCCGUUCCUCAGCUCAUCAGGAACUUCAAACAACGAUCGACAGAAGGAAUGAGUAUCCUGAUGGUGCUAAUGUGGACAGUCGGUGAUGUAUUUAAGACGACGUAUUUCGUGCUGAGGGAAGCACCUGCUCAGUUCUGGUUAUGUGGGGGGCUACAGGUCCUCAUAGACAUCACUAUUCUGGGCCAGGUGUACUUUUACAAAUCGCCUCCUUCCCGGCCCGUUCAUCACCAUGACCCAAGAACUGAUGACUGACUCCACUUUUACCUUGGGUAUGUCUAUAUAAUAUACGUUGCCUUCCAGUUUCUAUUUCGUAACCCUGACCCUGCAGUUGCUGUUUAAGAGCUUCCAGAGGUCUUCUGUUUGAUUUUUCUUCCCGGGUAUAAUUAUAAACCGUAAUUUCUUCCUUUUUGUGUAGUCUACUCAUGAAUGUUUUCAUUGUGUCGUCAAAUUUAGAUGAAAGAUAAGCAAUUAAUAAUUGUUAAAUACUUUUAUAGCUAUCUGAGACAUGACUUUCUGUUUAAUUUAAAAAUUUUUAUUGGUGUUAUCUUCGAGCUGUGCUGAAUUUUCAGUUCGUUCAAUAUUUAUUUUUUUCACUUAUAAUAUGUACAAUUACAAUAAUAAAUUAAAAGCUGGUUUAUUAAAUGUGAUUUGAGAACACCACAUAGUGUAAAAAGUUCAACAUAAGCUCGAGAAGUGUUUUCUUUUUUUUAAAUAUUAUAAUAGUAUUUAUAAUGUUUUUUCUACCUUAAAAUAAAUAUAUUUAAUUUUUGUCUGUGAAGGAUAUAUUAUAUAGAUAUAUCCAAGGUAAGGAAGAUACAAAUUGUGCUUCUCACUUUGGAUGAUGUCAACAAAAUUUUAUUAAAAACAAAAAACGAAAUGAAAAAUUAAUGAAUUAUGUCGAAAGGUGAAUUUUCCUCACUAGUUUAAAAAAAUAAUAAAUGUAAAUUGACAAACAAAAAUUCUAAUGUGGCUUUACUUCCACAGAAAGCGGAUGCUUUUAAGCCUCUUCUGUAGAAAUUGUGUGAUUUCAGCCUUCCAUAGUUUAGUCGUUUGUAAUUUAGAAAUUUUACGAUCUUUCAAAGUAUCGAAUGGGCUUAGAUUAUUUAAUUUGUAUAGUUGCUUAAGUCUUCCAAAGAACGCCGUGAUGGCGUUGUUUUUUGUUUUCGUAUCAAACAAACAAUAGGGGCUUUGGACUUUGUAUUAUUUCUUUUAACAAUAUGAAAAUUAUGGGGUGUAGAGAUAAAGAACCAGAUUAUAGUUUUGUGCGAACACUUAAUCAAAUACAAGGGACCUAGCAUAGAAUACAAAAUAGUAUUUCAUUAAUAAUUUUAAAUCGGCGAAAAAGGAAAAUUAAUACUGCAAAAAAACUGUCAAUUCUAAGAGUAUUACAUUCAAAUACUUAAAAACGAACACAAAUGAAGAUAUAUUUUUUUUACUCAUUAGGUACAAAAAAAAAAUAAAAAAAGAAGAGAAUACAUUAGAAACAUGUUUGUUAUUAAGAUUGUAGGAAGUUUAGCAACGAAUUGUAAGGAAUUUGCGCUUAAAACUUUUUUCCGAUUUUAUAUAAGGUGUUUGUAAAGCCUUAGAAAAAUUUUUUGUACAUAACAAACUUUUCUUUUUUGCAAAUUUGAGCUUUUAUUUAACAAAAACAAAAAAAAAUUAACUUUUUAUUGUGCAAAUAUUUAAAAGCAAUCUUCAUACCUGUGUAAAAUGAAAUUGUGAUGUUUAACAGUACAUGAUAAAGUAGAGCUUUUUGUACAGAGUAGAUUGUGAAUAAUUUGAAUAUUUUUUUCCCAUUGUAAAUAAAGUUUUUGUGAUCUAGUCAUCGAUUCAUUUAGAAUUUCAACUUCUCAACAGAUCGCAAUUUUUACACGUAUUGUCUAUUUUGAAUUUUUUUACUUCUUCGAUGAUUAUCUCUAUGGGAAUAAUGUGAUCAGUUCAAAUCUAAAAUAAUGAUCAGCAUUGAUGUGUUAUUUAGGUAAAAGAACCUUUUACAAUUAUUUAAUACUUCAAUUAUGUUCAUUAUUUGUGAUUUUUUUAGUUUUUUUUUUUAUCAAAUCUGACAACAGUGGCUAGUCCAAGAGAGUUUAGUUAUGAGACUAUUAAUUUUAUAUAUUUUUUUAAAUAAUUUUUUUAAUUAUCUACACUUUUGUUUAUUUGGGUGCAUUUACGUUGGUUUUAUUUAUAUUUGCCAUAGUUUUUUUUGUAUUCUUUAUUAUAAGUGUUUAGAUAAUAAUGCAUCGAGUGCAAUAUUGCAUUUGUUACUCCUAUCGGAAGAAGAAAAUUGCCUUUCUUGCGGAAACGUGUCUUUUCCGAGAUGGGCUCUCACUAGCUUCAAAAUGUACAAUAUCAAAUGUAUUUAUUUUUCCAACAAUAUUCUUAUUUGGAGAAUUCAAAUUUUAUUUAUUGUUGAAAUCUUGUCGUUUGAUUCAAACUGAUCAAAUGGAAAUUAUAAAUAUAAUAUUUAUCGAGGGAAAAUGGUUAAAAAUAUUAAUUAAAAAUAAAUAAGCUUGUUUAGUGAUUCAUAGGAAUGUGAUAUAUUUAAUUUCUCACUUAUUGAACAAUUAAAUUUUACUUGUAAUUGUGUAAACAUAGAAUAAUAAACUUAGUUACAAUUUACUUAUUUUUACACAGUGGUGACUAGUUUGUACCAAGUGGGUAGACUGCACAUAACUAACAUGUUACAAUGUGAAUUUUGAUUGUAAUAUUUACCUUUUUAUUGUAUUUAAAACUUUUAAUAUUCUAAUAUAUAAAAAAAGCAUAAUUAUAUAUAUACACACAUAUAUAUAUAUUUUAUUGUAAAAAUAAUGAAUGUUGAAUAUUGUUUGUUUAUUGAUGUUGGCAGAGAGUUUAUAUAUAUAUAUAUAUAUUGUUAGUCAGUACAAUUUUAAUGUGGAUGUUAAAAGUACAAAAGUGAGUUUUCCGAUGAAUGUUUUUAGUGCUGCUGUUAUGUUAAAAUCUUUGCUUCUGUGUUUCGCCAUGAUAAUAAUAAGAUAAUCACUGCCUGUAUUAUCUGAGUUGGUAUUAGAUACUUAGCACUACAAUUUUAAGAGCUUCCAUUUUUACACUUUUACUCUUCAUACAUUUUCUUGUACGAAAUUCAUUGCACUAUUGGUAAAAUUAUCUGUUUUUUACUUCGGUUUGAAUUGUUCUUUUUUAUGUCUAGUUUGGGCUUGCUUUAAAGUCGAAUUUCCAUAAUUGCUUGUUUUAUAAAGAAAUUUGUUCCAUUUUGGUAAGAUCAUAUUUAAAAGAACAGUGUUUUCUGUGCUUUUGUUCAACAGUUUAACCAAAAUUGACCAAAUUGCAUUUAUCAGGCUUAAUAUACGUUUAAAUAAAGAUGUCUCUGCAUCAACUGUUCAAUUCAAAGUUUUGAAUGAAAAUUAUCAUCAAGGCUUUAAUAUGUUUAAUUUAAUCAAAAUACAUUUAUUUUCAAAGUACAUUUAUAAUUAAAAUGGAUCCCCCGUCAAAUUAUUCAAUGAUUAAUAAAAAUCCAAUGAUUUUUUGUUCUUUAAGGGCUGUGUCGGAUGCUUUCAAAUUAGAUACAACUUUAGGCUUGCCCUUCCGUUGAGAUUUAUAGAAUUGUUUUCUUCCUAAUGACUAAUGUUAUAAUUACUAAUGCGAAAAAAGAAGCGAUGGUUUAUAUGUCUUAUUUUGUUUCAGUAUAUAAAUCUGUUAUCCACAACAUGACAAUCUAUUUAAUAAUCUCUUUGUUUUUUUUUUAAUGUGUAUUAUUUAUUGUGGACAUAGUCAAAUUAGAGAAUAAAGAGACUCCGUCCUUCUUAUACAUCAUCAAACUUAGAGAAGAAAAAAAUAUUGGCAUUUUGGUUAAUGUGUUUUAAGAAAGGAUGGUGGAACUUUGAUCUGAACAAUUCAAUAAAAGCAACAUUUAGAUUAUUUUAAGGCUAAAUUUAAUUUAUAAAUUUUAACUAUCUGAAUGAAAACUACACUAGUUUGGCUUAGCAGUUCAGUUAACAUUGAAUAGUAUGAAACAGUGAAUAAAAAAAAAGUUGUAAAUUCAUACAACAUUCAAAUACCAAUUUCAGUUUGUGCUUUAAACAAGUUAUUAGACUUUUAUACACAAAAACGCUUUCUAUGUAAAAUGUUAAAAUCCAAUAGUAUCCAUUUUUUCUUAUGAAUCUAACAACCGUAUGGACUUUGCAAUUUGAUUACUUAAGGAUAAAACAGUUUUGUCAGGUUGUAGGUGAAAUUUUAUACAUAUCUUUAAACAUUGGCAAGUCGUUUGCCUUGUGUUCAACUUGUACGUCUCUCUAAUAUGAAUUAUUCUGUAAAUUAUGUCGAGGCAGGUUAAUAACUGGAAUAGUUUUGACAUUCCAAGUUGGGUCAUUCCUGAUUUUUUUUUUAGAUUAGCAAACUGGACCUUCCACAAGAGUCGUUGAUCGACUCCAAGACAAAAAGUUCGAUAAAUUAUAAUUAACAUUAUUUUGUACUGUUUUCAUUGUGCCUUUAAAGUAAGUAAUUUGUAUAGAAAUUUAGAUUUCCUUUAUGAAAUUUAUAUGUUUUGUGAAGAAUAUUUAUUUUUAUUCUAAGCACUUGUGUUGUAUAGUUAGUGUGUAUACUUUUUAUUGUAUAUAUCUUUCUUUAACAUAAUAUUAGUCAAAAUAAACUAACAUUGUUGACUGAUGGUGUA